CUUGCCUUUUUACAUUUUUAUCUUGAUAAAUUCCUUUUUUUUCUGGUACUGUAUAUUAUAUAGUAUUAAAAAGCUUAGGCUCGGUAUCACACGCAACUAGGCUAAACAAUGUCCCGUUUCAAUUUCACAGGGAUUCGAUCGUUCUGUAGUUAGUUAUUAAAGAACUGACCUUUCCCGUGAUUCGUGGUGCAUCAAAUUGUAUUUGGCCUGCUUGGCACAGUGCUCGUGAUCGUGAUCAACUUGGCUUGUAAUAAAGGAUCGACUAAACUAAUGAAGUGAUGCAUUAUUCACAAGUGUCCUCGGUUAUAUAUUGUGCGAAUAAUACGCGUGGUUAUUUCAGUUUGUCAAUAGAAAUGAUAUCGGUUCUUUUGUUGGUUUGGUGCAUCAAUUAUGGGAGCAGUUACAAUGAUUUUCCAUCUCUGAUCACUUCUAAUGCUACUAUGGCUAUCAUCAUCGAUAGGUUCUUCAAUAACAAAGACGAAUACCAAAAUGCCACAAAAGUAAUACAAGAUCUUAUCACAGAUGCUGUGAAGAAGGAGAUGAACUUAGGUAGUAUCUCAAUACGCGUAUUUCGCGAUAUGAAUGUUAAUUUUAAAGACUAUACAAUUCUUUUGUCUGUCGCGACCUGCUAUCUAACCUGGCAUCUGCACGAGGUCGCGCAAAAGGAAGAACUGACACAUUUCGCCAUAACAGAUCCAGACUGUCCUCGAAUCCCAGACACUGAUGGUAUAACAGUGCCAUCGAUCGUUCCAGGAGAAGAGCUGUCACAGAUUUUUCUCGACCUAAGAAUGACAGAUAUUCUGUCCUGGAACGUGAUCAACAUCCUUCACGACGAUACGUUCGACAGGGACACGAUCAGUAGAGUGUUGAAAGCCAUUUCGAAUAAGUUACCGAACAAGCGAAUGAAUCUAAUCUCUAGGUCGAUUUUCUCGUUGAGACACGGAAACACGGGAGGCGGGAGGAAAAGUUCGGUGAAGAAGACGUUGAACGAUUUUCACGUGGAUCAAUUAGGACAUUGCUUUUUGGUGAUCGCCACCGUCGACAUGGUCGCGGAUGUAAUGACCGUAGCAAACUCUUUGAACAUGGUUCAUCCAGGUAGUCAAUGGUUGUACGUGAUCACAAAUAGCGUGUCAGGGAAUUUGAUCAACACGACAUUCAUUAAUUUAUUGGCAGAAGGAGGAAAUGUGGCCUUUAUGUAUAACGCGACUAACUUGGAUGGUUUUUAUAAAAUCAAAUUAAAAUGUUAUAUCAAGAACUUGAUCGAAGCAUUGGCGAAAGCUUUGGAGUAUUCCUUGACGAACGAGAUCGAAUUGUUCAAAAGGAUGAACGAGGAUGAGUUCGAAAUGAUCAGACUGACGAAAAGCAAGAGGCGAACCGAGCUCUUGAAGAAUGUCAGAAUACACCUUUCCCGAAACACGUCUGCUUCGAACAGUGUUUGUGGACAAUGUCUGUUAUGGAGAUUCUUCUCGUCCAUAACGUGGGGAAAUUUCUUCUCUCAUGAUAAAAAUAUGGCUCACUUGUUGGAUAUAGGAACGUGGACACCUAUUAUUGGCGUAAACCUUACGGAUGUGAUAUUUCCUCACAUCGUGCACGGAUUCAGAGGAAUUAAUUUACCAAUCGCGACUUAUCACAAUCCACCAUGGCAGAUAAUUUCUAUGAGCAAAACGGGUAAAAAAUUGUACGAAGGAUUGAUAUUCGACGCGAUCAAUUACCUCAGCAUGAAACUGAACUUCACGUACACGGUGAUCAUGCCGGAGACGAGUCAGAUUUCGAGAUCCUGGAACACUUCUCAAUUUGCCAAGCUGGGCGAGAAAAUCAAAGAAAUGACCAUGUCGACCACGAAGAAAGUACCAUUGGAAAUAAUCGAUUUGGUGCGCCAGAAGAAAGUUCUUUUGGCUGCGUGCGCGUUGACCGUGAACGAAUGUGGGAAUACCACGUUCAAUUAUACCGUGCCUAUUUUCGUGCAGACAUACAGCUUUUUAACAGCGAAACCCAGCCAACUGUCUAGAGUUCUCUUAUUCGCUUCGCCGUUCACCAAAGAGACGUGGGCCUGUCUGGCUGUGUCCAUUAUCAUAAUGGGUCCGAUUUUAUACCUGAUCCACAAGUACAGCCCGUACAGCACCAAGGCCUCCGGUCUCAACUCCUCCUGGCAAUGUGUGUGGUACGUGUACGGGGCACUUCUUCAACAAGGUGGUAUGUAUCUACCGCAUAAUGACAGCGCUCGCAUACUGAUCGGUAUAUGGUGGCUGGUCGUGAUGGUCCUGGUGGCGACGUAUUCCGGAAGUCUGGUCGCCUUUCUCACUUUUCCUCGAAUGGACACCUCUAUCUUGAGCGUGGAGGAUUUGAUCGCGCAUAAGGAUAGAAUCAGUUGGGGCUUCCCGAACGGUAGCUUCCUCGAGAUGUAUCUACAGAACGCCGAGGAGCCUAAAUACCACGUUCUACUCUCCCGCGCCGAGAGGCAUAACGAUACGGAGGAGGAGAGAUUGGUGGGGCGUGUAAAGGAAGGGAAACACGCUCUGAUCGACUGGAGGAGUUCCCUCAGGUUCUUGAUGAGGAAGGAUUUCUUGCUGACCGGUAGCUGCCAUUUCUCCCUGAGCAUGGACGAGUUUCUCGACGAGCCUAUCGCGAUGAUCAUCCCGUACGGCAGUCCUUAUCUGCCUGUCAUUAACGCGGAACUGCAUCGAAUGUUAGAGUCCGGAUUGAUGAAUAAAUGGAUCACGGAGAGGAUGCCGAUGAAAGAUAAAUGUUGGGAAGCGCCAGGUAGCAAUCAGGCGGUGAACAAACGAAAAGUGAACGUCGCUGAUAUGCAAGGAAUAUUUUUUGUAUUAUUCAUAGGUAUCACGUUGGCUUUCCUCUUUCUCUUUUGCGAGUUCUAUUGUCACAGGCGUAAGAUAGCCAAGGAACGCAAAUUGAUUCAUCCCUUUGUCUCUUAAAUCUUAUUCUAAGACACGUAUAAUUAAAUUAUUUUUCUUCAUCUCCAACACGAAUCACGUGGGAUUUCUCCUCGAAAAUAUAAACAAGUCCUACGUACGUUCAAUUGCACGUAUUACCGCUCUUUUUGUUUCUUUUGUUUCUCUUUUCCUGAUAAUUACCAUUUCGCCUUUUUUCAUCGCUUAAUCGACAAAAAACAUACCAAUCCUUACGACCAGAACUCCUGAAAUUCUUGCUCAAUUCGCCAUUUUCUUGAAAUUCUAUUAUAUCGAGUCGAGAAAGAAUCGUUGAACGAAGGCAUAAAUCGUUCAUCCAUAACCAUUGAUCCAUUUCCACAAUUGAUUUAUAUAAAGAAAUGAAACUCAUCGAUUCUAUCGUAACUAAUUCAUUCGAUAUGUGAGAAGUUAUACCGGAUAUUUUGACUUCCAUAUUGCA